AUGGACCGCGUCGCCUUCGUUGGCGCUGCUCAUAGCGUCUCCCUUGCGUCACGAUGGGCUGGCAAUCGUGCAUUUUCGCUCAGACGCGGCCGCCAUUUCACAACCCUUCCGUCCUAUCGCUCCACACUAACAUGCUCGACUGCCUCCACGCAUGCCGCAGCAGAGAAACCACGGAAAAAGAAGGGGAAGGCGGACCCCAGUCCAUAUUCUGCAACCGUCAAUUUGCCUCAGACUGCAUUCGAGCAACGCGCAAACGCCACUAAGCGAGAACCGCAGAUUCAGAAGUUUUGGGAAGAGAAUGCCGUCUAUCAGCGUUUGUCAAGGGAGAACCCUGGCGAUACUUUUGUUUUGCAUGACGGACCACCUUUUGCGAACGGUCCGCUGCAUUGUGGACAUGCUCUCAAUAAGAUUUUGAAAGAUUUUAUCAUCAAGCACAGCUUGAUCAACGGGAAGAAGGCUGUCUUUGUCCCAGGAUGGGACACCCAUGGCUUACCCAUUGAACUUAAAGUAUUGCAAGGCAUCAAGAGUAAGGAGAGAAAGAAUCUGUCAACGUUAGGGCUAAGGCAGAAGGCGAGGGAAUUUGCGAACACAACAGUUGCCAAUCAUAUCACAGGUAUGAAGAGAUUUGGUGUCUGGGCUGACUGGGAUAAUCCUUAUCUUACUAUGAACCCUGAGUAUGAGGCUGCACAGAUUGACGUAUUUGGGAAAAUGUAUGAGGCGGGCUAUGUAUUUCGGGGAAAGAAACCCGUGCACUGGUCUCCAUCUAGUCGCACAGCUCUUGCUGAGGCCGAACUAGAGUAUCCUGAAGGGCACACAUCGCAAAGUUGCUACUGCGCUUUCACAGCUGUUUCUGCCCCUGCUGAUGCGCCGAGUUUUUUGCGGGAAGUCGUUUCAUCUCUUGGUGGGCUGGCGUUAUCUGUGUGGACAACGACCCCCUGGACUAUGCCGGCAAAUAGAGCGGUCGCGGUCAAUAACAAGCUCGAGUAUGUUCUCGCGAAGGGACUGCAUCCACAACUGCCAGAAUUGACGGUUGUUAUUGCAAAAGAGUUGCUCGAGACGGCGAGUGCGAAGUUUGGUACAUCUGAUAUCGUUCAGGAGUUGGGCGUGUUGACUGGAAAGGAUCUGCUGGGUGUGCAAUAUACACAUCCAUUGGAAGAUGGGUUAGUCUGCAGAGUAGUUGAGGGUGGCGAUUACAUCACGACGGAAACAGGAACUGGUCUCGUUCAUACAGCUCCAGGCCAUGGGCAGGAGGAUUACCAGACUGGGUUACGCGAAGAUUUAGAUUUGCAUUCACCUGUUGACGACGCAGGAAAAUUUACCGAGGAAGCCGCGAAUGGGCGUUUUACAGGUCUUCCGGUGCUCGGUGAUGGAAACAAAGCUGUUCUUGCAGAAUUGUCAGAAAGAUCAGUUUUGCUUCUCGAGGAAGCGUACGCACAUAAGUAUCCGUAUGACUGGAGAACUAAGAAGCCUACAAUUUUCCGUGCCACUGAGCAAUGGUUCAUUUCCAUUGAAGGUUUCAGAGAAUCAGUUUUGGAGGCCAUCGAAAAUGUAAACUGGUACCCUGCAUCUGGUAUUAAGCGGAUUCGUGGCAUGGUUGAAACUCGCGGCGACUGGUGCAUAUCGAGGCAGCGCUCUUGGGGCGUGCCCAUUCCUGUGUUUUAUGAUGAUGAGACCGGAGAGUCGUUUAUGAACCAAGAAAUUGUGAAUCAUGUGAAGGAGAUCGUGAAAGAGCAAGGAACCGAUGUAUGGUGGGAGUUGGAAGCAGACGACCUUCUUCCAGAGGCGUACCGCGGCCGCAACCUGCGAAAGGGUAGAGAUACAAUGGACGUGUGGUUUGAUUCUGGUUCAUCGUGGGCUGCGGUUGCCAGCGCCAGGAAUGAAUUGGCAUAUCCAGCGGAUAUCUAUUUGGAAGGUUCUGAUCAACACCGAGGGUGGUUCCAGAGCUCCAUACUAACAUCUGUAGCGACAAAGCAACAAGCCCCUUAUAAGAACGUACUAACUCACGGAUUCGUUCUUGACGAAAAGGGUGUCAAGAUGAGCAAGAGCAUCGGGAAUGUUGUUGAUCCUCUGAGCGUCAUCAACGGUGGGAACAACAAGAAAACGGACCCUGCGUAUGGUUCAGAUGUCCUUCGGUUAUGGGUUUCUUCCGUGGACUACUCCGCAGAUAUCAUGAUAGGCCCAUCAAUUCUGCGACAGGUGGCCGAUGUCUACAGAAAGCUAAGAAACACCUUGCGUUACAUGGUCGGGAACAUUCAUGACUUCGUUCCUGCCGAGCAUGCCGUCCCGUACAGUGAGCUACCGACGCUGGAUAAAUACAUGCUUUCUAGGAUGAUGCAGCUUUCGGAGGAAGUUGGUCAAGCGUACGAAUCGUUUGCCUUCUUCAAAGUGUACCAAGCGCUUCAGCGAUUUGCAGUGGUCGAUCUGUCCAAUUUCUACUUGGACAUCGCAAAGGAUCGCUUGUAUAUUCCUGAACCGAACUCAUUCCGGCGGAGGUCAUGCCAGACGGUGCUGGCGGUUUUGCUGGAGAACUACUCUAGAGCACUGGCUCCGAUUGUCUCUCACACAGCUGAGGACUUAUGGCAAAGCAUGCCGUAUGUACCAACAUCUACGAAAGCCGGAGUCGUCGAUUCCAAGUCUGUGUUUGAUGCCGGAUGGUUCGAACGACGACCAGAAUGGAUUAAUGUGGACGACUCGGUCAUGAAGAAUUGGGAAGUCGUGCUCGACGCCCGGGACGCUGUGAACAAGGUUUUGGAAGCCGCGCGUGUAGGGAAGACGCUAGGUGCCUCCAUGGAAGCUUCAGUGAAGAUCUACGCGGCCGACCCCGAAGAUGCUCAGGCGCUACAAUCACUGAGGAAUUGCUCUAGCGACGUAGACAGUCUGGAACGUGCAUUCAUCGUUUCUGAAGUUGAGGUGGUAUCGUCGCCUGACGAGAUCGCCACGUGCGCGCACAGCAAUGUCGAACAAGGAGAGAAAACCGGGGAGCGAUUUAGAGUGGGAAUGAACAAGUCGGGCGCUCCGAAGUGUGAACGGUGCUGGCAUUACGACAUGACCGUGGGGGACAGCCACGCGCAUCCGGUGUUGUGUGGUAGGUGCACGAAGGCGGUUGUGAGCAUGGGGAUGGAGACGGCGCCUGUCGCUGCUGCUGUAUAG